CUAAAUAUACCUACUUUUAUUUUUUAUGGAAAAAGGAUGCUGAAAAAUUUGUGAAGUAUACCGAUAUUUUCCUCAGUAGUAUUUAUUAACCGAAUAAACGCUGACUGGCUGAAAACCAUAUUACUGGCAUUGACAAUAUUAAUUAUAGUCAUAUCACUUAUUUUUUAGAUACAUAUCUUCCAAUUGGAACUUUCGCUUAGUCAGGUACUUAAGUAAUAACUACUCGGUUAUAAUUUAUAGAAAUAUGGCUCAAGAUGACGAAGAGGAUUUAACGUUUAAUGUAGAAGAUGUUCAAAAAAUAGUUAGAGAUAAUAUUGAAUUAUGUUUAGGCGGCAACUCCUACAGUCACUCCCGUACUCCACAGUGGAUUAGUAUUAUUACUGAAAAAACAUUGUCAAAACUCAAUAAACUUAAUAAGCCAUUUAAAUACAUCAUACAAAUUAUAAUAACUCAGAAGAAUGGCUCUGGUCUACACACGGCGGCAGCCUACUACUGGGAUACUGCGACCGACGGGACCUGUACAGUGCGUUGGGAGAACAAGUUCAUGUUUUGCAUUGUGAACAUAUGGGCCCUUGCACUUCAAUUAUAGGGUAAUAAAUGUUUAUGCCAUCCAUAAAAAAUAAUCACACGAAUUUAAUUAUUUUGACCCUCCCUCUAAUGUCAUACGUUGAACAAAUCUACAUCUUUCUAGAUGUAGAUUUGUUCAACGUAUGUCAUCUAUGAUUAAAUAAUAAACAAGCAGCAUAUACGAUGCGACUAAUUAUUUUUUUAAUCAAAUGUAUAUUUGAAAAUGUGAUGGCACUAAACUUGACACCUUCCACCUCUUAUCAUAUAAUUUCACUCAGUCCACACCGUUAUAGCAAAUAUAAGAUAAUAUAUAAUAUAAUGUAAUUUAGGGAUGACCAUAAGACGACGACACUCUACAAUGUAGAUGAUCAUAGUUAAUACAUAAUCAUCAUACAGCUUUGUACUUAAGAUUCUUUUUCAGGCAUUUGACUUACACAGGGUCAUAAUUUAGGAACACUAAUAAUAGUGUAAAAACUAUUUGAGCCUUUUAAAAAAAAUAUUUUUCAUGAUUUACAUGUUUCUUAUAGCUGAUGUGUGGACAUCAGCUACACACACACAGAACAUAUACUGUAGUAGAGUAUAUGUUCUAUCACCAUUAUACAUGAUUAUUAUUAUUAGACAUAUUGUAGGAGUCAUCAUACUGGAUGACUCGCACAAUACCUAUACCCAUGCAAUUUUUAUUUAUUAAUUAUGACUCAUGACUGUAGCUCUUAGGUACUCUCUUAAUGAAACAGUAUGUAAAGCACAUUUUAGUAUUUUUAUUUUUGGUAAAAUUUACCACAAUACAAAAUAAUAAUAGAAAUAAAUAAAGUAAUAAAAUGUAUAGACAAGUCAUAGAACUAUGCAUUGUAAAAUUGGUGCUUUUAAAGCAAUUGAAUAUAAUUUAUAAUAAUAUUAGGCAAAAUGGCAUUGUGUACAUUAAAAAUAAAGGUAUUAUUUUAACACAAAAUAAUAUCAAGAGCAGAUGUUUACACUUACAAUAACACAAAAUUUAUUAAUCACUUGGUGAUUUGGUCUUUUUAAUAAAUUUAUUGUAUAGGUACAGAACUAAUAAUUACAUAAUUUUAAAGCAUAUUAUUUCCACUUUGAAAUACCGCCUAACAAAUAAAAAUCAACGAUAAUAAUGUCAAAGGGGUAAUUUACAAAUUGAUUUUAAAGUAAAUUUACACAAUCCAUUAUCGUGAGUCAUUUUAAAUUAUGAUAAGUUUGCUUUACAAGUUUGAAACUAGUCAAGCAAAUCCCGAUAAUAUAAAAGAGAUGAAGACCGACAUAAAAAAUCAUAAUACAUCAACUAUAGAAUUGACAUUCCCUUCAAGAUACCAAUAUAUAAUAAUACAAUAGACAAGGAAUAUUCAGAAAGAUGGAAAAAACUUUUUGUUAAUUAUUAUGUAAAAACUUAUUUUAAAAAUAUAUGUUAAGUAUAAUGAUUAAAAUUAUCUGUACUUUGUAUUAUUAUCGUAACUCGAUGUAAACUAAUUUCGACUAACUCUCAUAUAAAAUGUAAAGAAAUAACAACCGUUUAUCAAAAUUAAAUCGCAGCUUUCAUAUUCAUACAGCCAACUGCGUGACUGAUUUGAUAUAAAUCAGAAAAAUAAGACUAGUUUUAAAUCCACUAUGUCGACCACCCAAAGAGAACUUCGUACAAAAAUAUUAUAAAGCAACAAUACGAAAACACCUCACCCCACCUUAGAUAUAUGCUAAAAAUUAAUCUGUAUUAACGAUUAUGUGUGGAUACCGUUACAUUUCAGUGAUGAAGUAAAAAGUGUCGUCAUACUUUUUAUCCUUUAUUAAAAAUAUGACUUACUUAUUACUUAUGGAACUAGAGAAAAUGUCAAGACUCUUGGUCACCAUGUUAAUACAAUGAAAAUUAUCUUCUUAUAAAGCAUACGACGUAUCGUACGACAUUGGGUGAAAUUUCACUUUAUAAUAGAAAAUAGAUAUAAUUCAUGAAUUUGAAUCAUUUUACAACAAACAAACAUGUAGUAGUUCCUUUACAAAAUUUAGAGAUUACCAAAUUGUGUUUACAAAUUAAGGAAUAUUUUAAACCAUAAAUAUUGUAGCGAAGUUCUCUCAGAGGUGUAGUCGUCUUAUAUCGAAGUGUACGGACACUUUCACAUCAUAUACGCACGCCUUCGUACUUUGAUAGAGUCAUUAUUGACAAAUCCAAAGUUUUUUAAACCAGUAAAAAUUUUAUGACUGAAUUGAUAAGAUCCGAGUGCGUGAUUUUAUUGACACUGGUGUUAUAUACAUGUACAAUGUAUUUUUGUAUCCAAUCAAAUAAUUAAAUUAUUUAGUAAUAUUUCUGCAUUCAUUUUAUUUCACGGGGAUCUAAAAUAAGUCGGUAAAAAAUUAACUGUAUUAUAUUAUUUCCUGAACAUUUGAAUGAUACAACAAACACGAGAGUAUUAAAAUGAUGUUCAUUUUAAAGUUAUAAUUAAAAUAGCACUAAAUAAUUUACCAAUAAGUAGCAAGACGGCAGCAAUGAUUCAUAUAAAAGAAAGAAUACUUAAUAACGAUCGGCUAUGUAUGAAAGCACCAAACGUACGUAACUAAAUACUAAACACUUUGAGGAGUAUUAUAUUAUUUCAUACCGAUUGUGAUGGCACAUACACUACGUAUAACGUGUAAUAAUGGCAUUGUUUCGGUAUUAAAUAAUAUACUAUACUGAAUAGUAAUAACAAAAAUCCAAAACGAUACUUUAGUAAUAAUUUACAAUAUCGAUUUGAUUUUCACGUUUAUAUAAGUAAUAGUAGUGUAUAAAAUUGCAAAAUUAACAACAAUUUUAAAGAGACAACCUGUCGCGUCUAUCUACGCACUGCUAAAACGGCUGGGGUUAUAGACAUAACAUUUUCAAUAUAGGUUCCCUUUAUGAUGUUGUUUUGUAGGCAUCUACUAUGAAAGGACUUCUCAAAAUAUCUACGUGAAUGGGAUAUAAAAGAUUGAAGUAAAUAAUCAAGGUACAUUAAUAAUCGGAUCUUAACAUGAAUCAUUUCAUAGUAAAUAAAGACAUUUAGUGCUACCUACUUGAAACAUCAUAUCUUUAUUUAGCAUAAAAUUAUUCGUGUUAAGACCCUAUUACUUACAUUCAUAAUGAACAAUAAACGUUUAAAAUAUCAAAUUAAACCUCUUUACUUUAAAAAUAAAAUGUAAUUUAAAUUACCAUAAUGGUAGUUUAAGUGGUAAUUUAAGUUGCCAUAUCAAAUUAUUAAUUAAAUCGUUUAAUAGCAAAUAUAAUAAUUGCUACGUAAACAAUAAUAAUAUAUAUACUAAAUGACAAUAUAUUGAUAUUAAUUAAUUACAACAUAUAAAAAAUCGUAUGCAAGAUACCUUAUCUUGCAUAUGUAUUUUCUGCAUGUUUAUGAGAUUUUAUAAGUAAAAUGUCACGUAAUAAAUAGUAAAUAGUUAUCAUACGUUUCAUGCCAGCCAUAUGCACACAUUUUGAAUUUUGGUGCAUUUCAUUUCUACAUACAAAUUUUGAAAAGUUUAAAUCUAUUAUUAUUUAUAUAUAUUUUUAUUCUACUAUAAUCUGUUCUAUUGAUUUUAUCUAUAAAAUACUUGGGGACAAAUAUUAAAUUAAUUUAAUACUGCCAUUAUUAGAUGCAGUUACAAUUUUACUUACACAAUUUACCCUAUGACAUUGGCAUUCAUUCACACUUUUAAAACAAUAAUAACUGGUUUCUGCAUCUAAUCAUUAAAUCACUAAAACAUAUUGUGAGUUCUUUGCAACAUAUCGCAUUCACUAGUAAUUUGGAUGCUUUCUGUGAUGAUUAAAUUUGUAUUGUGAUGAGUGAGAGUUCAGUCUAUAAAUGCUUACAAAAAUGCUAAAAUAUCCAACUUGCCAAUUAAAAAAAAGUACACAAAUUAAAUUAUAAUUUACAUUCAAAUUAGUAGUUGUAUUCUGCAUGUUUUGCAACACAAGCUGUGCUGUUACAGUUUUAAAGCUAACAAAUGUGCAUAUAAUGUUAAUCCGUGCUACAAUAAUGGGAGUCAUUGAACAAAUCUCAUAAUUAUUUCUGGGUCCACAGUUGCAAUAAUACUCCCACGCCACACACUUGACUAUCCCACUUAAAGUUAUUAUUUACACAGUAAAAUAUACUCUAUAAAGUAAAA